UUAACCAUUCAAACUUAUCAUUUAUGUAGACUUAAACCAUCUAACAUUCUGGUGGAUGAAAAUCUAUGGGUGACACUUACAGGAUUUGAAUGUUCCGUACCAAGAACUGAAGAUUUAUCAGAUAAAACAAAUCAACAUAUAAAUCAUGAUUUUGCUUUGGAAAAUAUUCCAAAUGAAAUUCAAGAUGAUUCUCUCACAAUGAAAUGGGUACAUGGAAAGAUAUCUAAUUUUGAUUAUAUAAUGGCUUUGAAUCAUCUUGCGGGCAGAAGGAUUGGUGACCCAAAUUUUCAUCCAAUUUUUCCAUGGAUUACGGAUUUUACCGGUGAUGAACAACUGGAUUUUACAUAUGAUGGUCCAGUACCUCAUCACAUCACCGAUAUUUUAUCUGAUAUCACUUAUUAUGUGUAUCUUGCUCGAAAAACUCCUAUUCCGGUGUUAUGUCAGUAUGUAAGAACGAAGUAUGAGCCGAAUGAGUAUCCAUCUUCAUUACAAAGAUUGUUCGAAUGGACUCCUGAUGAAUGUAUCCCAGAAUUUUAUACAG